GAUGGAAAAAUGUCCUCUGGCUUUCAGAAGAAACGACCAAUCAUGAGCAAGGAGUUCAUCAACCAGCACACAGUUGAGCACAACGGAAGAUACAUCUGCAAGUACUUCCUGGAGGGUCGCUGCAUUAAGGGAGAACAGUGCAAGUUUGAGCAUGAACUCGUGGUACCGGAUAAGAAAAAGGAACUUUGCAAGUUUUACCUUCAAGGAUACUGCAGCAAAGGAGAUCACUGCAUUUACAUGCAUAAUGAAUACCCAUGCAAGUUCUUUCACACCGGAGCCAAAUGUUAUCAAGGAGACAACUGUAAAUUCUCUCACGAUGCUUUGACGGAUGUGACCAAAGAGCUGCUUGAAAAG